AUGGAACCCUCAACAAGCUCAUCUGUCUACGUUGCAACUGCUUCUUUUUCUGCUCGUAGAGGCCCAAGAGCGGAUACUGUCGCCCAAGAAAUUUCAGGGCUGAAAACUCGAAUUUAUGCUCUGGAGAAUCCUACGGUUGCCGCUGUAAGUAAUGUCACCAAAACUGGUAAUGACCCUGAACAAUGCGCCUUAAUUCGUCAGUAUUAUCAAGACUGCAUUACUGAAAAGGGCCUUCACGGCUGGGAUUUCACAACCACUGUGAUGAAGGGGAUUAAUCUCCCUAUGUUUCAGUACAUCCUUGAGCGGUUUAGACUGAAGGAGGCAGAAGCCUUUAAUUCUGCUAGUCCUCUUCACAAGAUGACCUUGACGAAAACAAAACUUGUCAAGACGAGAAUCAGAAGAAACUUCGAGGGGUUGAAGCUUGCGGACCGCAAGAGACGCACUCACAGUGUAGAAGAACUUGGAGAGCUUGCACGUAAGAAAAAUCAAGCUGCAAGACUGACUGCCAAAUUCAAAAGAAGAAAGGACAACUUUUUGAAGUAUGAGGCAGACAUUGUUCAAAAGUUUCAUCCCAAAGAAAGUUGCAGGACUUUUCUUGUAAAAGGCUACAUGUCCGAGGAUGAGGAUGAUCAAGUCAAUGAUCAAGGUCAAGCCCUUUCUUACACCAGCCUUCGUCCCAGUUGGAGAUCCGAUCAGCUGAACGAAAUUUUUGAUGAGUUGGAUUCUCCUUCUGGGCAGAGAAAUGUUGAAAGACCAUUACCUCGUAGAAUCAGACAGGUACCAUCAUUGUCUGUUCGUUUUGAACAAAUUCGCCGCUUGCCAAGUUGGGGCGUCCGAGAUGGCAUUUGA